AUGGUAGGUUUGGAAUUCCUAGAACUUUCUCGCAAUAAUAUAUCUGGAAUCAUUCCUAAGUGUUUGGAGAAACUUCAAAACUUGAAGUAUUUCAAUAUUUCUGUCAACAAAUUGUAUGGUGAAAUACCCUCUGGGGGUCCUUUCAAGAAUCUCUCGAGUCAGUUUUUCAUCCACAAUGAAGCACUGCGUAGUUCUUCACGAUUUCGGGUCCCGCCAUGCCCCUCUUCAUCAAAGAACAAAUCAAAUAGGGAAAAAGUGCUUGUUCUUUUUCCUUUGCUCGCAAUUGCAGUUGUAUUUGUUACUAUGGCCUUUGUGCUCCUAUGGAUAAGGUAUAGAAGAGGUAAAAGUGCACCUCAACAAGAUGAGUCAUUGUCUACCGUAACACGAGAAAGAAUUUCAUACUAUGAACUGCUCCAAGCAACGGAUGACCUUAGUGAGAGUAAUCUGACUGGUUUUGGAAGUUUUGGCUCUGUUUACAAAGGUGUUCUCAGAGGUGGAACUGCCAUGGCAGUUAAAGUGUUCAACCUGCAACUGGAUGCGGCAUUCAAGAGUUUUGAUACGGAAUGUGAUGUUUUGUGCAGCCUUCGUCAUAAGAAUCUCGUUAAAGUCAUUACUAGUUGUUCCAAUCUUGAUUUCAAGGCUUUAGUGCUCGAGUAUAUGCCUAAUGGAAGUCUUGAGAAGUAUUUGUAUUCGCAAAACUACUUCCUUGACACCAAUCAGAGACUAAGCAUAAUGAUAGAUGUGGCAUGUGCUUUGGAAUAUCUUCACCAUGGGUGCUCGUUGCUUGUGAUUCACUGUGACGUGAAGCCUAGUAAUGUCUUGCUGGAUGAAGAUAUGGUUGCCCACCUCAGCGACUUUGGCAUCUCAAAACUGCUUGGUAAAGAUCAGGGUGAUUUGGAUACUAAAAUCUUAGCAACAUUAGUUUGA